UGUUGCAUCAAUGCUGCUUUCAUUCUCCCACUGUGGGGCAAGAUGGUAGCUGUGAACAAGGAUCACUGGUACAUCGUGGUACUCCUAUUUCUUCCCAUUGUUAAAGUACGAUCGCAGAAGCAGCCCGUGGUGACCCUGGGUCUGGAGGAGGGCAUGGUGCUGGACUGUAUGUGCCCCUGGAAUGGUAGCCUCAGUAUGGUCUCCUGGACCAAAGGUGAGGACAGGCAGCCCAUCGCUGUUUUCCACCCGGACCUUGGCGUGUCCUUCCCACACCAGUACAGAGAGAGAGUGGAGUUUCUGAGGAGGAGUCCUCUGGACGGCAGCAUCGCCCUGAGUAAUGUCACCCACCAGGACAUCGGCCUGUACCAUUGCUCUGUGCAGACCUUCCCCCAGGGGCCCUGGAGCCGUAGCAUCCAGGUGGAGGACCUGGAUGAACCUCCAGCAGAGGAUGAAGAAGAUGUUGUGGGCUCAGAGUACCCCUCCCCUGAGCCAGUGGAGACCGGUCUGGAGUUUUGGGCAGAGCUGAAUGAAAACCUGACCCUGAGCUGCACUGGGCUGCCUAAUGUGACUGUGUACCAGGUCAACAUGGAGAAGAGGGCGGGGGUCCGGCCCUGGCAGAUCAUCGCUGUGUGUAAGAGUUUGGACGGGGGUCUUCUGACAGAGGACUACAGCGAGAGGGGCAGUAUCAGCUGUGCUCACACUCUGGACAUCAGCCUGCACCUGGUCUCUGUUCAGAAGGAGGACAGUGGCUUCUACCGCUGCAUUUUCCACACAGAUACAGGAACCCACACCACCACCAUGACCCUGUCUGUGUCUGAAACAGGUGGCAUCAGUCUAUCCAUGUACAUGUUCUAUGUCUACUGUGGUGUUGGGGCUGCUGGUCUGCUUUUCCUAAUAGCCAUCAUUAUAGUUGUUGUCAGAUACAGGAGCAGAAACAAACGGAUAGAAUAUAGAGUGAAAAAACGAUAUCGGGCCCACAGACUGCCAAAUGUCUAUGAGAACGUCUCUGUGUGUCCCAGAGGAGCAAAGAGGCCUGUGCGUAUGAAGAAGUGUCCAGUUUACGUGAACCUGCCGUAUGUCCCAAAGCACAGGUGUCGUACCUGUGACGGCUCAGAGCAGCGUUUCGUGUAUGUUUAGUGUCUGUCUGUUCAAAUGUAAAGAUAUAUUUAAACAUGC